UUUUGAAAGCGUUGCUGCCGCUCCUACUGCUCCUACCUGUUACCGCGUCUGCGGAAUGCGCGUGCGUGAAGUUUGAGCAAAAGUUGGAUAUGUGGCCUUUGUCGAGGCAUUUACUGUCUUGGCUCCUAUUAGUUACCCUCUACGCACUUCCUUGUCGCUGCCAACAUGACGUCACCUGGUGCACUGUGAAUGAUGCAGAACACCUUAAGUGCACAGAAUUUGCCGAGGCAGUGCGUGUAAGCCGCCUGUUCUCUCUAACUCUCAAAUGUAAGCGAGCUGCAUUCAAGGAUCAGUGCAUGAACUUUCUGGAUAAUGGUCAAGCAAACCUGGUGGAACUUGACCCUGGCGAAGUCUACACGGCUGGGCGUUUUCACAGUGUCAUUCCUAUCCUGGCUGAACGCUAUGGCAGAGAUAGGGACGCUGGCUACUACUCAGUGGCUGUCAUUCAUGCUCGGUCUGAGUUUCGUUCACUGAAUGACCUGAGGAACAAGUCUGUCUGCUUUACGAGUGUGGGUGACAUGGCCGGUUGGGUGGUUCCCAUGGCGACACUGAUCCACGAGAACAUCCUAGAAGUAACCGACUGCAACAACCUUGUGAAAAGUGCAGCUUCCUUCUUUGGCCCUAGCUGCGCACCAAACUCUCUUAUUGACAAACACAACCCAACAGGUGACAACCCACAGAAGAUGUGCGAGUUAUGCACGGGGCGUCCCGGCGAAAGGUGCUCGGGCAAUGACCCAUUUGCAGGCUAUCAAGGUGCACUGCACUGCCUCAUGGAAAAGGGUGAUGUAGCCUUUGUAAAGCACACCACCCUGGAUGAAUUGUUUUUUGGCCAGGUGCCACCAGAUCGAUUCCGACUUCUCUGUCCAAAUGGCGAGACAGCCCAGCCGGACCAGUACCGCACCUGCAACUGGGGCAGGGUACCACCAAAUGUGGUAGUCACUACAUCAGAUACACUGCCUCGAGUUCGCGUGCAGUACCAAGAGUUCCUUAAGCUGGCAGUGCAAACCUUUGGCAAGCCUCCAAUGGGGCAGCUACCAUGGUUUUACCAGAGCCAUUCAGACAGUGGUGGCUACAACCUAAGCCCAACACCUGAUUGGAGUCGAGGUUUCAACCAGAGCUGGGCAGCUGGACAGCCGACGCCCUCCUGGAGUGACUCGCUUACAACUGAUCGCCCAUUAAUUGUCAACAUGACAGAGCUGUCGAAGUUCUAUCUGUUUGCCAGCGGAAGUCGCUAUGGCAAUGCUACCAAUCUACUUCUGCAGGACUUGACAACGGAGCUGGUCCCGCUCAAUGGCUAUGAGCAGACCUUCACCGGUUACCUUGGGAGGCAUGUGGAGCACUUCACAAAACUGCGCAGAUGCCCUGUCCCUCCUGCUGUGCUUUGUGUGGUUUCAGAAAAGGAGAUGGAGAAAUGCCAUCGCAUGAGGACGGCCUUCAAGUCUCAGAUGCUGAAGCCAGACCUUAACUGUGUGCGCAGCCAUAGCCACCUGGGUUGCAUGCAUAUGAUAAGAGAUGGCCUUGCAGACCUUGUUGUUCUUGAGGCUGGGGACAUAUAUCGAGCUGGACAUUCCUUUGGCCUCAUUCCAAUCAUCACCGAGCAGUACAAUUUAGAUGAGCCGUACUAUUAUGCCGUAGCUGUGACACUCCAAGGGGACAAAGAGACCGAUUUGUUGUACCUGAAAGGUAAAACUUCAUGCCACACUGGCAUCAACCAGGCCGCUGGAUGGGUGGUGCCUCUGAGCUUUCUGAUUAGUAAUGAGCGCAUGCGGUCCUAUGGCUGUGAUUCGGCUCGCUCUGCCUCGGAGUUUUUUUCCAAGAGCUGCGUGCCCGGUGCACUUUCCCGGGAAUUUGUAGGCUCGGAGCGGAGCUACAAGAAUCUGUGUGAUCUAUGCCACGGCACCAGUACUCACUUCUGCGGCCGUGAUGCUUCGGAGCCCUUCUAUGGCCACACGGGUGCCUUCCGCUGUCUCGUUGAGGGUGGUGGCCAAAUUGCAUUCGUCAAGCACACGACUGUCUUCGAAAACACGGCUGGUCGCAACAGCAUGUGGUGGGCACGCAACAUCAUGCCUGGCGACUUCGAGCUGGUCUGUCGCGAUGGCUCGCGGCAGCCACAGGACAAGUAUGUCCAGUGUAACCUAGGAAAAGUGGCAUCCAAUGCCAUUGUGACUAGCAUGAACAAACCACAAAGCAUGAUCGACGCCUACAUCAACCUCUUUGUGUAUGCACAGCAGUUCUAUGGCUCUAAGUACAGCGAGGAUUUCACCUUCAAAAUGUUUGUGUCAGAGGCUGCACAUCGAGAUUUGAUCUUUCAAGAUUCAACGCAGCAGCUAAAACCAGUACCUUUGCAUAGGCGCAACUAUGCAGACUAUUUGGGUAGUGACUUUCUCCAAGCAGUACGUCUUGUAGACUGCUCUGGAGGCUCAAGUGGUGUUCAGAUGUCCAUUGCAAUCAUGUUGAUGUGCAUACUUUUUCUGAAAUUCUUGGCGUAAUAGUCCUUCUGCUCACUCUUGCCGAUAGACUGUCUCGAGCCACUUAA